CUCAAUAUUUCUUGGGUUCAGUCCACACAAAUCGAUAGUUAAGGCUAAGAGAUAAGGAUGCCCUUGAGCUUCUUCGUCCAAGACUGCACGUACGUACAGUCGGUGGGCCUGCACUCAGCAACAGCGAGUAGUGGGUAAUGGAAUGUGGGUACGAGUUGGAUGGGACCUACUGAUUUCAAUGGGACCCUGACAGCAGCUUCAGAGAAAGAGGUUGAUGUACUGAAUGGUCAUAUUGAAUCCGGUUUAUCCGGUUUAUCGCAUUCGACGGUGUACAUAAAUUCUCUGCCGACUCCUCUUCUACUGUACAAGAGCGUCAAUCGCAUCACGGUGACGAGUGUUGUGGUUCAGAAUCUUGACCCAAGACAAGUAACAAAGAGUGAAUCAAGUGUCUCGCCAAUCGGAUUUCCAAUGGAGCAUCAUCAGUGGUCAGUUCAACUCUAUAAUGGCAUCGCCAUGCCUAUUCUUGGAUUAGGCACCACACACAAUGGCGGUUACAACCAUGAGAGCGUGGUGUAUGCCUUGAAAGACUGCGGCUAUCGUCUCGUUGACACGGCCAAACGCUACGGAACAGAAGCAUUUAUCAAGGAGGCCAUACUCGAUAGCGGCGUGCCCAGAGAAGACAUCUUCCUCACAUCCAAGCUCUGGCCUGCGGACUACGGGCAAGCCAAGGUUUUGCCCGCAUUCCAGGGAUCCCUCGAACGUCUCGGAACGGAUUACUUGGAUCUGUACCUCCUCCAUUGGCCCGAGGUUCCCACUGGCAUCCCGGAUCGACGACGAUGCUUAGACGAGACUUGGCGGGCUUUGGAACUUCUCGUCGAGAGUGGCAAAUGUCGAGCUAUUGGAGUGUCCAAUUUCUUGGAACAUCAUCUGGACUCUCUCAUAGAAAACGCUUCCAUCAUACCUCAUGUGAACCAAUGUGAAUUCCAUCCUUACCAAAACCCACUAAGUCUCAGGCAUUAUUGCCAAGAACUCGGGAUUCAAUUCGAAGGAUAUUGUCCUUUGGCCAAAGGUCGGAUACUCGAUGAUCCCGUGGUGGUCCAGGUCUCUCAGAAGAACGGGAAAACGCCCGCUCAGGUUCUACUUCGAUGGUCCAUUCAAAACGGCGUGGUCACCAUUCCUAAAUCGACAAAGUUGAGCCGGGUCAGAGAAAACUUCGAGGUCCAAAAGGAGAGUUGCAAGCUCUCGGAAGAUCAGAUGGCUGUUCUCAAUUCCCUUCAUUCCGACUUGAAAGUUUCGUGGGACCCUUCGACUGUGCCAAGGUAUUGAGUCCAAAGUAUGAGCUUGACCAUGAAGAUAUGAUCGCUUUGAACAACCUCAGGUUCACUCAUCGAACGCUUAAAGUGGUGGAUUUGAGUCGAAUGCGCCAGACAAUUGACAACAAAUUGGCCGACGGAUACAAGUUGAAAAUGUCAAAAAAUGUGUUUCCCAAAUCGGUUCAUUCUGUUUCAAAACCGAUUGAAUAAAUAUCUUUUUCAACCAAGUA